AUGAGAACCAAGCUCACGACACAUCAUCAGCAACGAUAAGCCCCGCAACAGACGCAAAAGAUGAAUUACACCAAGGUAAUUACCCUCCUACUCCAAUUUUCAACAACAUAUUAACGAAUGCAACCCCAAUGCAAAUCAUGAAUGAUCUGAGCAACCUACAAGAUAAUGAAAAUCAGAAGCAGCCAAACAAACCAUCACUAAGUAAGAAAGGCGGCCACAAGUUUCCGGCAAUAAAUUACAGUACAGUCAAACAAAUGCCAGUAGUAGAAGGUUUCUCAAACCCUCUAGCAACCAAAAUCGAAAGCAUAAGGCUUUGGUGGGUCACAAAUUGGACCGAAGGCCAGAAAAUAAUUGAAAUGCUAGCACAAAAACCAAACCUGAAACACGAAUAUGGAAAUCAAUAG